GUCGAUACUCGGUACUGAAAUCUCUAAAAGGAACAUUCUUGCAAAGUCUACAAAGUCAUUUUCGCGGAAGAUUAAAGAGGCGAAGUCACCUCUGCUAGGCUCAGGACUCAGAUUCUGUAAUCAGAAGAUGGGAGACGCCAGCACCCCUUUACCAUAUACCGGUCAAGCAGGCCUUCCCUCAGCCAACCCGACAAAAUCAUUCUGGCAGACCUCCCACCCGAAUCCGAUCACUCAUCACCGCUCGACAGGGGCGCUGCCAUCAAAAGCUUCUGUUGUGGUCAUUGGGACCGGCAUCUCCGGGACAUUCGCAGCGCACGAACUCCUCGCAAAUGCCGCCGACGAUCUAGACGUUCUCGUCCUUGAAGCCCGAACAACCUGCUCGGCUGCAACAGGGCGCAAUGGCGGACACUUACAGCCGUUGAUUCACGCAGAGCGCACAGCCAUUAUAGAUUUCGAAAUGAGCAAUUAUCGUCACAUCUACAAUAUGAUCAAAGACAACAAUAUUCCCUGCGACUUCCGCCAAUUGCCCGGCUGUCUUGGAUUCUGGAACAAGACAUACUUCGACGAAGCGAAAGCGGCGCUGCACAGCAAGGCAGAAGUGGUAGAGAAGCACCGCUCCCUUGUCCGAAUUGUCGAGGACCCGCAGGAACUGAGCAAGCUUAGACUCACAGGCGGCGUGGUAGGCGCGAUCAUACAGGACGUCGCGGCGAGUCUGUCCCCGUACAAGCUUAUGAUUGGGCUUUGGACCGAGAUGUUGAGAAAGCAUGAGCCGGGCAGGCUGAAUUUGCAGACGGAAACUCCCCUAACGAGCAUCACACCCGUCGAGGAUGGCGAAGGCUGGAUACUGCACACAGGCAGGGGUGACGUAGAGGCGAAGCGCGUCAUCUUCGCGACGAAUGGAUAUACGUCGCAUUUGCUCCCGCAGUUCGCGGGUCUGAUAUCGCCCACGCAAGCGCAGAUGUCGGCGCUAUUACCGCCAAAGGACUCGCCGUUUACUGAGACCUUGAUUCCCAAGAGUUACGGCAUGAUGGGGGUCGGAUUGCAGGACCGGGUUAUGAGUGAUUACCUUGUGCAGAAUCCGAUUCUGGACAGUCAGGAUGGAGGCGUGGUUGGACGCGGUGGGCAUUUGAUGUUUGGUGGUGGGAGGGCUGAGGCUAAAGGGCAUGGGGUGGGGGUAAGUGAUGAUGAUUACGUGGAUGAAGACGUGGAGAAGUAUUUAAGGAGUCUGCCGGAAAGGUUGAACUUGGCGACUGAUGCCUCGAUCUCGAGAGAGGCCGGGUUGUUGGAUCUAGCAGCAUCGUGGACAGGAAUCAUUGGGUCUUCGGCAGAUGGGCAUCCAUGGGUCGGUGGUGUGCCGGGAUCUCCUGGCUUGUUUGUCGCUGCUGGGUAUAGCGGCCAUGGAAUGACGAACGCACCACUAUGUGGACGCCAUGUAGCCCGACUGGCAAUCGCGGAUCUAAAAGGGGCAGAUUGGAAGGCCCUGCAGGCAGAGGAGGUGGACACUGCUGAGAGCGAGGAGGAUGGCGGUCUGCCGAGGGAAUAUGUCGUCACGCAAGAGAGGAUAGAUGCUGUCUCGGGAGGGUAGCAAAUGCGAUCAAGACAUCGGGGGUUUGUCCAAAUA